AUGAGUAAUGAUAGUGUUUCACUCUCUAUACGUAUGGCGAUCCCGUGGAUUUUGUGGGGAAUAUGGAAGCACCGCAAUAAAGUUUUAUAUGCUGGGAAACAAUGUGAUUUGAAUGCAUUGGUAGUUCAUGCAAUAGAAGAAGCGGAACUGUGGAAUAAGUUAAAGGAGACACAACCGCAGCCUCCUCUUGGUAUUGGUUUGAAUGCUCGCCGUGAGACCAGAUGGGUUAAACCUCCCAUUUACUUUCUUAAGUGUAAUCUUCAUGUCUCUUGGUUAAAUGAGUCUCAUAUGUGUGGUGGAGCUUGGAUGGUAAGGAAUCACCAAGGAGAUGCAGUUUUCCAUGCGCGAGAAAUGUUUCUACCCGCUUCAAAUCGUAUCGCUGCGGAAUUAAGAGGGAUUCUUUGGGUUCUACAUAGUCUUUCUGACUUGCAUUUGGAUAACAUUGAGAUAUGGUCUGAUUGUCAUGCUGCUAUUGAUGCCAUUAUUGACCCAUCAAAUUGGCCAAGGUAUCACUCCUUCCUUGACAAGAUACAUCGGCUAAUAUCAAGCUUUGGUAAAAUUGUGUUUAAGGUGUCUUCUACAAAAGUUAAUACGAUCGCAAGAGCUAUUGCUGCAAGUGUCACAAGUGAUGGACGGGGCCAAUCUUAUUUAGCUAGUGGCGAUCCGUUUUGGCUAUUUUUACGUAUUGAAGAGGAGAAGAGGAGAUGA